UAAUAUUAAUAUGUUAUUAUCAUCUACACAUAAUAUUGUAGUAGUAAGUUAGUUUUAGAAAACUCAUUAUACCUACUUGUCAGUUGUCUGUGGUCAGUUAGUACUCAGUACUUAGUAGUCCAUCUGUUUACGUCUGAUGUGUUGCUCAUUAGUUAUUGGAGUUUGGGCCCUGACCAGAUACGGUCAUCACAUACACAUACGCAUAUUAUAAACAUUUACAUAAUAUCAUAUUAAUAUCUACUCAUUUUAUUUAUAAACCGUUGAAUAGUUCACGAAAAAAAUUCUUUGACCCAGAUAGUCAAUGUGUGCAUGAAUGUAUUGUAGGAAUAGAGUAUUGCGUUUAUCCAGUAACAUUUUACAGUUUAGAAACAACAUCGGUUUUAUUAGAUUAAGGACCAUGAGUCAAGGAGAAUCGGCCGACUACAAGGCAGACUUAAAAAAACGUUUAUCGCCCAUUCAAUACCAUGUUACUCAAGAAAAAGGAACAGAGAGAGCUUUUACCGGCAAGUUUAACAAAACUACAGAAGCUGGUUUGUAUACUUGUGUAGUGUGCAAUGAAGCAUUAUUUACUUCGGAAACAAAAUUUGACUCUGGCUGCGGCUGGCCAGCUUUUAAUGACGUUAUCGAUCAGAAAAAAGUCAAACUAACGACUGAUACUUCAAAUGUUGGAGCAAAUUUGCUGUUAUUGAUAACCAAUCCAGGUAUGAUAAGAACUGAAGUGCAGUGUGGAAAAUGUGAUGCACAUCUAGGACAUGUUUUUAAAGACGGCCCACCACCAACAGGACGAAGAUUUUGUAUUAAUAGUGCUUCAAUGAAUUUUCAUCCAAUAGAUCCAGAAAAAUAAUAAUUAUUCACAUGAAACAUUGGUUAUAUAUUGUUUGCAGAGUUACUUACUAUAUAUUUAUUAACACAAAAUGGAUUUUAGUUAACAUAAACAUGUUAAUAUUUAUUAGUGGAAGUUUCCAUAAUUAAACUAAUACUUUAUUGUGUCAAUGAUAAUUUACUAUUAAU